AUGGACUUGGGUGUGGCCUUGUUCCUCCUUAGCGUCGGCUUGACCAUUCUCAUCGGGAGAAUUCUAUCUUCGCAGCGGCGGCUCCCUCCAGGUCCCUUCUGUUUCCCCAUUUUUGGAGCACUCUUCUCCCUCCAGGAGCCACUCCACCAGCACUUUGCGAAGAUCAGCAAGAAGUAUGGGCCGAUUGUCUUCCUCAAGAUCGGAAUGGUCCCGUUUGUGGUGGUGACCGACAAGGAAAUGGCAGCGCAGGUUCUUAAGGCCCACGACCUCGAGUUUGCAAGCCGGCCGGACGAAGAGUUCUUUCGGAUCGUCAGCCACGACUGGAACGAUCUUAUCCUGGCGCCCAUCGGUGAUAAGUGGAAGACAAUGAGGAGGAUUUCUAGCACACACCUGUUUAACAACAGUACGCUAAAGGCUAGCGCAGGAUUCCGGGAGUCGGAGAUGAAGCAUGCAGUCAAGGCCAUUUUCCAGCAAUCCGGGACAACGAUCAAGCUGCAAGAGGUUUUGAGCAAUCUCGCGUCAAAUUCACUAUGCCUGGUUCUUUUUAGCAAGCGGGGGGUGGAAGUGGUGGAUCUCAUCCGGAACAUACUCGGUCUAAGCUUGAACUUGAACAUUGGAACCCUGCUUCCGGCACUCGACUGGCUGGAUCUUCAUGGAGUCUACAAGAAGCUCAACACGGAGCUCGUACCUCGCCUUAAGCUCUUGCUGGAAGAUCAAAUCGACAAGCAUCGACGUAGGAAAGAUCAAGCUGGGGACACAUUCGUCCCUCAGGACUUCACCGACGUUCUUAUAUCUCUCGAGGACAAGGAUAAGCUGUCAAACAUCUCCAUCUUGGCACUGCUCUCGGUAAGCAUCUAG